AUGUCAGAGUCCAUCGCAUUCUCCCCGGGUCCCUACCACAUCAUCUCCUAUGGAGCCCUCCUGGGAACGACAUUCUUCCAUUCCUUCGUGAAUGGCAUCACAAUGUUCCGCGUCCUCGAGCGACCGGCCUUUGCAACCGCCCAAAACGCCCUGUUCCCCGUCUACUUCACCAUCCAGACGGCCCUCCCCGCCCUCAUGGCCCUCACCUACCCGGGCAGCCGCGGCCUCCUCGGCGAGCAAGCCAGCAGCAUCACCGGCCUUCUCCAGGAAUCGAACCGCUACACCGCCCUGCUGCCCAUCGCCACAAUGUUCCUUACCGGCCUCGUCAACCUCACCGUCGUUCUGCCCAAGACCGUGACGGUCAUGAAGGCUAGAUAUGCUCAAGAGAAAAAGGAUGGAAAGAAGAGCUACGACGCCGCGCCGCAUUCUCAGGAGAUGCAAGCCCUCAACAAGUCUUUCGGCAAGUUGCACGGCAUCUCCACCCUUAUCAACCUGGCUGGCUUCAUCGCCAUGAUCCAGUACGGCUUCUCGCUAGCAGCGCGUCUUGACUAA